UGUAAUCUUUCCAUUUAUCUAUGACGGUGUAAUAAAGAACCUCUAUGUUAUGAAUAAAGAUAAACUUUUACAUUACUUUUAUAACACUUUCUUUGAUUUCAAAACCUUAAUUCAAUAACAGAAAUAUGCUCAUUUUUUUUAAUUUCCAUAUUGAAUGCCCUGAACCAGUGCAGAGUUACAUCUCUGAGUAAACGAUCUCAGUAACCCAUAGAUCCCGGCGAGGCUAUCGUACUCUGUGUGCAGUUUCGCAGGCUUCAGCGGAGAAACAUAUUGGCUCAUCUGAUCCGUUCUAGGGUCAAGAAGGUUCUAGAAAGGGUGGAUAUGUUUGAUCAGAAUGAUAUGAAUUGCUAGAGACCCACAAGAAAGAGAAGAAGAGGAAAAUAAAAAGCAGAGGCAGAUGAGGUAAAAUCACAAGAAUGCCUUUUGAUCAAAGGUAUCACUAUCAUAUCGUUAAAGCGUACUGUAAAAUAUAGCAGGGUAUAGAUUGAAAACACCUUUGAAUAUGAUAAAGAGUACUACACUUUUUCCCCCUAUAAUUGUAAUAUUUCAGAUUGCUGUUAAAAGUUUGGUUUAUGUACAGUUAUAGGGACUAGAGAAACAUGAAGUGUUGAAGAUGAAAAAAUUGUUGCUGCCAUCAUGGGGAACAACGAUUAAAUUCUCAAACAAAUUAACAGAGGUGUUUGAUAUCUCAAAUUAUUCUUCAACUUUACUGCAUCCUCUUUAAUGUCAAGAAAAAUAGGCAUUCAAUUUAGACAAUCAAAUUAUUAAUCUCAAAGGUAUUUGUUACGUUCUCUUUCUCGCAUGUACAUAUAAUUUCUUAACUAUGCUUUCACAUCCACAUAUCAUUUAGAUUAGAGUAUUUAAUCGAGUUUGCAUGGUUUAGUCAUGUCUGAUGUAUUGCUUAUCAUUUAUGUUAUUUAGUUUAAAAGUAUAGCAUCAUACUUUAAGUACUAAAGAUCAUCUAUUCUCAAGCUAAUGAGUAAAUUAAUUUUAGAAAAUGGAGCCCACAAACGGAUGCUCACUGUGUCUUGUGCUCAGGCCAUUUAGAAAUUCGAGAACACCUUCUUUUCAGUUGUACUUAUGCUCAGCAGAUUUGGAAGGGUUUAACAAGGAAGCUGUUGGGAUUUCGCUACACAGAGGAUUGGUUCUGCAUUCUAAACAUGUUGGCAGAAACUGGAAGGAACUCCACUCACAUGUUUCUUCUAAGAUAUGCGUUUCAAUGCUCUAUCCAUUCCAUACGGCGAGAAAUAAAUGGUAGAAAACAUGGAGAGACGCAUCAGUCAUUGGCAUUUUUGCUAAAAUUCAUUGAUAAAGGAGUAAGAAAUUGGAUAUCUUCUUUGAGAAUGGGAGGGUGUCGAAAGUUCUCCAGAGCUUUAGAGGUCUGGUUUGAUACAAGAAGCUAGUGAGGGGUUAAGUUGUUUUCUAAAUUCAGUUUACUCUUACACAAACUCUGAAACAAAGCCACACUUGUUGUAAAAAAGUUUUUUUUUUUUUUUUGAAUAAAUUUAAUAUUCUUUCAAAAAAAAAUUAAUUUUAGAAUUUACUAAUUAUUUUUCAAUUGUUUACGGGUUUUUAUAUGCAGAUGGAGAUACUAAAUAAAGUGUUUUUUGUAAUGAGUACAUAAGGUAUUGGUAAGCUAGAAAAUGACCAAUCUAUAAUUUGUACUUUUCUAAUACUCUUGGGAAUGAGGUUCUUUUAAACUUUCGAUUUCGUUGAUUUUUAAAUUAAAUUGUAAUCUAUUUAGCCUUUCCUUAUUCAUAUAUUGCCGAAUAGUAUGAUUUUUUUAAGUGUGAUAUUGGGAAGAAUGAUAGACUAUACUGUGAUUUGGCUCUAAAAGGAGUUAAGUUCAGUUUCUCAAAAAAAGGAGUUAAGUUCAAUAGCUAAAGCUCAUUGCAGAUUCUAGACAUUAAACUAUCAUAACAGAGGCAUGGUUUUAUUUAAUGUUCCUUAUUACUGCUCAUAGUUUGCAAUUAAAACGUGAUAAGACUGCAAUCUGAUUUCAUAUAUCUUGGUUGAGAAUUAUAUAGAAGAUAUCAGUUUUGCUGAAAAUUGACUUCCACCUGCAGGUUUCAAGGCCUUCAAUGGCAUAACAUAAGUCAGCAAGAAUGAGAGCCUCUUUGGUUGAUAACAAUGUAAGCGCAUCAACAGGAUCAGGAUCUACUGUAGCGACUAAUCAUAAAACAGUUUUGUUCACGAACUUCAAACUAAUAUGAAUCAAUGUGAAUUUUUAUAAACAAAUUAAACUGUUUUUCAUGUGUUUAGUCAAUAAUAAGUGUGUUAACAUUUUGACUAAACAUGUAAUUUUCAGUGUAUAUAUAACUGAAAUUUGGUUUUAUUUAACAAUUUUCUUACUGGAUCAAUACUAGUUAAUUAAUAAAGGUGGGGAAAAGAAUGAACCAAAAUAACCAGCGUAGCUGGCCCAGAUGGUCUCGAGGGGAGAUAAAAAUCCCCAAUACGGAACACGCGGGUUCGAUGCGCUGGCCAGGCAAUUGGGGUAUCUAAUUCCCUAUAGUACCAAAUGGUCCGCCUCGCACCGAGAGGUUGGCCCCUGGGGGUGGAAGUCCCUCCAGGUUAAUUAAAAAAAAAAAAAAAAGAAUGAACCAAAAUUCGUCAAAUCCAAUUAACUCGAGCGGUAAAAAUAAAAAAAUAUAUAUACACAUAAACCGAAUAAAUGUAUAUUGAAUGAACCCGAAAUUAAUUGAUUCGGUUGGUUCAAUACCAAACUCUAAACCGUAGAACACCCUAUCGAAUUAUACACUCUAUCACAGCAGAUUACUAACUACCGUAACAGAAUCAUCCCGCUCAAUUUCGCACUUCGUCUUCUUCUUCCUCGCCACUCUCAGUUUCGGAUCGUCUCCACUCUUCCAAGAAAGCAAGCUAUGAAGAUUCUCAAGUGCGAUCUCUUACUGAUUGUUAUCGCUGUAACGGUGGUGGUACUGAUGGCGCCGCCGACGAUCUCCGCCGCGAAGGUCGGAGUAACCUACUCCACUCCCGACUUCAGCUCUGGAUCCGUCGAAGCUUCUCCAAAAAGAAUCGUAGCAAAGAUCGUUUCUAUGGAGAUCGAGGCGGUGAGGCUUGUCGAUCCCAACCCGGAGAUGAUUCGCGCCUUCGCCUCCACGAAGAUAUCUCUGUUCCUCUCUGUUCCCAAUCCACUGGUUCCGAUGCUGGCUUCAGAUCGUUUGCAAGCGUUCGAGUGGGUAAAGCUCCAUGUCCUUCCCUUCCACAAUCGCACAAAGAUCUCCAUGAUAUCCGUCGGAGACGACGUGGUUUCCUCGAGUUGGCCGGACGCUCCGCCGCCUCUGUUUCUCCUCCGGGCAAUCCGAAACGUCCGUAGAUCUCUUGUGCAUCUGGGAAUCCACAAGGUUUCUGUAUCUACGACGUUUUCAUUCCUCAGCAUCAUCCCAUCGGCUUUCCCUCCUUCGUUGGCGCGUUUCCGGAACCCUAACGGAGACGUGAUCAUCAAGCCGAUUCUGGAGUUUCUGGAGAAAACUAAAUCUUCCUUCUUGGUGAACCUAUACCCAUACAACAUAGACUCCUCAAUUCACAAGGGGUUUGCCUUUUUCGAAGAUCCGUUCAGCUACGUCGACGAUUCUUCCAUCAUCCAAGUUCGCUAUGGUAACCUAUUCGAUGUGAUGGUGGACGCGGUGGUGAGGUCUCUGGCAGUCAUGGGUCACGAGAACCUUCCGGUGGUGGUGGGGGAGACGGGUUGGCCGAGCUGGUCCUCGAACUCAAGUGAGGUUUAUGCUACACCAAAGUGCAGUCAGAGAUUCCUAAAUGCUCUUGUUGAUCAUUUGAGAGCUGGAAAGGGAACUCCUUUGAGGAAAGAAGGCGUUUCAGAGGUUUAUAUAUUUGAACUCUGCGACAACGAAUCCAAGCAACAAAGCAAAAGGACAUGGGGUCUUCUCGACUAUCAUCUCAAAAAAUGAACAUCACUUUCUUCCUGGAUGAUAUACCUGAGAUGGAGAAGAAGUUUAUACAACUCAAUUACUUGGUUAUUGUAUGCAUGCUCUUUCUUGCAGUCAUUAGUACGGUUGCCAUUCUGACCUGUCCCAGUAAUAUUGUUAGCGCGUGGAGGGGGACGCCAGCUAAGCGCGAGCGUAAGCAGAAGAAGCAAUACUAGACUAGUCUAGACUCGCAACAAAACUGAUGUUCAGAUGUACUUUGGAUAUUACACUUCAUUCUGUACACAUUUAAUCAUUUUCUUCCCCCUUCAUCAAUAAUGGUACUAUGUUUUUGAUGGUAUUAUCACCAUAAAAAUGAUAUACAAAAUGGUUGUGACUUAAUGGAAGAGUUUUUUUCACCUACGACAGUUUCUAAGUUUUUAUUACAUCAAAAGAAAGUUUCGACUAAUAGGGUAGUUUAUUUUAGUUGUUUACUUUGGUGCCCUCAGCAAGAACCAAACCAAAGUUACACUUUUUAACUUUUUAACUAACUGGACAUAUCUUCUUCUCUCUCCUAAUUUUCUUAUUCAUUAAGAAACUCUUCCAUUAAUCUCGUUUUUUCUUUUUUCUAACAGAAAAUUAAUUUUACAAUACUCAUUGUCUCUCACUUCUCCAAAGCAUAAAUCUUAGAUUUUUUUAUUCCUUUCUUAUCGUUUUUUUCUCUCAAUCUAGAUGAAUCAGUUUUUUUUAUAAAAAAAAAAAUCACGAGUCACAUAGUUCCGCUAGAUUUCCCGUCCAAUCGUUAGAUUUUUAAAAUCCAUUACCAUCCCUAAGGUGAAUCCCAUAUCUGUCUCCUAUACUUUUCAUGUCUGUGGUUUCUUUUUUGUCAACUAUAUCUCUGGUUUCUUUUUGAGUAACACGACCAAGCUUUCUCCUUUUUGCGCUGUGACAGUAUGUCGUGGUGGUUGUGAUGGUCGGAAUCCACUGUGGUGUCGCACGGUGAAGCUCGGACAACAAUGGAGUUUUUUUCACAUUUUCACAUUUGAUCCUUUAUUUGUUAUGUUAUUACCAAUUUGGUCCAAACUAUCAAAUUUUCAGAUACAUCCCUUUUAAUUGUCCAAAUUUUUGAUUGUUCAAUCCAAUCCCUAGAAAAUGCAAAUAUGAUUUAUAAUGUAAUAUAACAAAUAUCUACACAUAAUUGACAUUGUGUACACAGAAUGGACCUAUUUACAUGUACAACAAUUUGCAUGUACAAUGGUGAAACCAUAAAAUCGUAUUUUGGUUAAAUCACAUUCUCCAGUUAAAAAUGCAUAAUCCACAAAAAUAUCAAGUCUAAGUUAAAAUUACAUUUAAAGGCAAGGCUAACAAAGCACACAUCAUUUGAAAACAGAGAUCAGCAUCUCAACCAUCUUUCUAUAAUGUGUACAUGUUUAUAUGUGUAUAUGUGUACGUGUAUAUU